CACGCGGGCGUCAGCAGCGCGCGAGAGAAAGAGCGGGAGGAGAGAGAAGAUAGUGACUGCACGUUCCCUCUCGACACUGGAUCUAUGUUGUUGUAAGAGCAUCUGUAACUGGUAGGAAAGGAGUGGGGAAGAGGAGGUAUACACUAACUCACCAAGGAAAGACCUAUGCUUGGAUUUUGCCUCUUUUUUCUUCGCCAAUGCAAAAGGAAAUAUGCAGCGAAGCUUCACCCUCCUGUACACCAGUUUUCUGGGGAUGUGCUUGGGUUCAAGUUUUCCAAGUAACAUCAAUAUAGGGGGACUAUUCCCAACCGAAUCUCACGAAUAUGACGUGUUUCGGUUCGCGCUCUCGCACCACCAGGAUAUCCCCAAACUGGUGCCGCAGGUGGAUAUGGUCAAGAUAGGCAACAGCUUCUCCAUGACAUAUGCCUUCUGUUCCCAGUUCUCUAAAGGUGUCUAUGCUAUCAUUGGCCUCUACGACAGGAAGACGGUCAACAUGCUGAUGUCGUUCUGCGGGGCGCUGCACGUGUGUUUCGUCACGCCUUCCUUCCCCAUCGAGACGGCCAACCAGUUUGUGAUCCAGCUGAGACCCGAGCUACAGGACACUCUGGUGGGGGUCAUAGACCACUACGGAUGGACCAAGUUCGUCUACAUGUACAGUUCUGACUCUGGCCUGUCUGUGCUGCAGAAGGUCCUGGACACGGCUGCUGAGAGGAGCUGGCUGGUGACGUCUGUCAACGUAGAGACCAUGACGGAGGCCUCAUUCCUCAAGGUGUUUCAAGACCUGGACAAGAGGAAGGAGGGACAGAUCAUCAUUGACUGUGAGACUGAGAGACUCACCUCCAUCCUCAAAAAGAUCGUUGAACAGGGGAAGAAUGCUAAGAGUUACCACUACAUCCUGGCCAACCUGGGUUUUCUGGACAUUGACCUAACAGACCUGAGGAAAGGUGGGGCGAACAUCACAGGCUUCCAGCUGGUCAACUACACAGAGCAGAACGUCAGUCGUACCAUUCAGCAGUGGAUGGAGUUCGAAAACAAAGACGCCAAGAUCCCCAAGAGACGCCUGAAGUACACCGGAGCAUUGACAUAUGACGGGGUGAAGGUGAUGUCUACAGCAUUCCAGAACCUCCGGAAACAGAGGAUAGACAUCUCUCGCCGUGGCAACGCAGGCGAAUGCCUCGCCAACCCGCCCGCACCCUGGGGCCAAGGCAUAGAUAUACAGAGAGCCCUGCAACAGGUGCGUAUCGAUGGCCUGACAGGUCAUAUCCAGUUCAAUGAGAAAGGACGCAGGACCAACUUCACCGUCAGUGUCAUGGAGCUAGCCCCCUCUGGACCUAAGAAGGUGGGCUACUGGAACGAGGACGAGAAGUACGUCAGCACAGCCACCUUCAUGAGAGGAAGCAACGACAGCAGCUACGGCCUACAGAACAGGACCUACAUAGUUACCACCAUCCUGGAAUCCCCAUACGUGAUGCUGAAGAAGAACCAUGAUCAGCUGUCAGGGAACGAUAAGUACGAGGGCUACAUCGUGGAGCUAGCGGCUGAGAUCGCCAAGCACGUUGGAUACCACUACAAACUGAAGGUGGUCUCAGAUGGGAAGUAUGGAGCCAGAGACCCCGAGACCAAGAUGUGGAACGGCAUGGUCGGAGAGCUGGUGUACGGGAAAGCAGACGUGGCGGUGGCCCCACUGACCAUCACCCUGGUCCGAGAAGAAGUGAUCGACUUCUCCAAGCCAUUCAUGUCUCUGGGCAUCUCCAUCAUGAUCAAGAAGCCCACCAAGUCUAAACCAGGUGUCUUCUCCUUCUUGGACCCGCUGGCCUAUGAGAUCUGGAUGUGUAUCGUGUUCGCCUACAUCGGUGUGAGUGUGGUCCUGUUCCUGGUGAGCCGCUUCAGCCCCUACGAGUGGCACGCAGAGGACUAUGAGGAGGAGGCCGACCCCCAGACCCCAACCCAGCCGACAGGGCCAGGUGCUGGGCUACAGUCGGGGCAGAGCCCUGGUCAGCCAGGCCAGAACCAGCAGAAUCAGGAACAGACCAACGAGUUUGGCAUCUUCAACUCUCUCUGGUUCUCCCUGGGAGCCUUCAUGCAGCAGGGAUGUGACAUCUCACCCAGGUCUCUGUCAGGGCGGAUAGUGGGGGGUGUGUGGUGGUUCUUUACUCUCAUCAUCAUCUCGUCCUACACGGCCAACCUGGCUGCUUUCCUCACCGUGGAGAGGAUGGUGUCCCCCAUAGAGAGUGCUGAGGAUCUGGCUAAACAGACUGAGAUCGCCUACGGAACUCUGGAUGCUGGUUCCACCAAGGAGUUCUUCAGGCGGUCUAAGAUCGCAGUGUUUGAGAAGAUGUGGUCGUACAUGAAGUCGGCCGACCCCUCAGUGUUUGUGAAGACCACAGACGAGGGAGUGAUGAGGGUCAGGAAGUCCAAAGGGAGGUAUGCCUACCUGUUAGAGUCCACCAUGAACGAGUACAUCGAGCAGAGGAAACCCUGUGACACCAUGAAGGUGGGGGGGAACCUGGACUCUAAAGGAUACGGUAUCGCCACGCCCAAGGGCUCACCCCUCAGAAACCCUGUUAACCUGGCCGUGUUAAAACUGAACGAGCAAGGCCUGUUGGACAAACUGAAAAACAAAUGGUGGUACGACAAGGGAGAGUGUGGCAGCGGGGGCGGGGACUCCAAGGAUAAGACAAGUGCGUUGAGCCUGAGCAACGUGGCCGGAGUGUUCUACAUUCUGAUUGGAGGGCUGGGCCUGGCCAUGCUGGUGGCGUUGGUGGAGUUCUGCUACAAGUCGCGAACCGAGUCUCAGAGAAUGAAGCAGAACGUCAACGACGCCAUGCACUGCUCCUCCAUGACCAGAAUGAGCGGGAACGGGGGAGGGGGAGGAGGAGGGGGGGGAGGAGCAGGUGGAGGAGAGAACGGACGCAUCCUAACUCACGACUUCCCUGAAACAGUCCAGACUCUCUCCUGCAUGAGCCACACCGCCAGCAUGGGGCUCAGCGCCUCCGGCCUGUGAUCACAUGACUUGGCACAAGGGGCUGAGCAGGAGACUCACUCAUAGACCUUACAAAGAUGGCCACAUUAAUGGUGACAUUGACCUUAUGAACAUGGACCUCUUUCUGACCCGUUUGUUUGUGUGGCGGCUGCGUGCUGUGUGGCGGAGACUGAUGCGCUCUGAAAUCACUCACUGCAAACAGGGGAAACAUGUAGAUGGAGUAUAGAAAUGAACCGAAAAGAAGAUAAGGAAAAUGUUUUGAAAAAGGAGCCAUUGUUGGGAUGUGAUGUUUUUUGAUUCUUUUAUCAUGAUUUUUUUUAAAGGUGUUCCUUUCUGUGUUAAAAAGAGAACAAUCCCGUAAAUACCGCCUGCCCUGACCUGACCUCUUCUGCCCUGCCCUGACCUCUCCUGCCCUGCGCUGACCUCUUCUGCCCUGCGCUGACCUCUCAGGCCCUGACCUGUCUGUCUGUCUGUCCGUUCUCUUGUCUGUCUGUCUGUCUGUCUGUCUGUCUGUCUGUCUGUCUGUCUGUCUGUCUGUCUGUAAAAUCUCAGUUCACUACCUACUCUCUCUGACCAUUUACUUAGUGAUGACGGAUCACAAAAUGGGUGUUUCUUUGUGUCUUUGCACAGCUAAAAGACAACAAUGAUAAUAAUGCUGAUUGUUUAUUAUGGUCAUUUGAUAUUUGUGGCUAUGGUUUGUCUCGUGUGUUUUGGACACAGUUACACACGUUAUAUUGGAAAGGCAUCAUGAACUGGAACACAAGCAUAUCAAGCACCAAUGCAAUCUUAAAAUACAGACAUGAAUAAUCAUGCACAGAGCUCAGUCAUCCCUGGCCUCUCUGAACCAUCUGCUGACAGUCAUUCCCACAGAGACUGAUCCCUGUAUAGGUAUGGAUUUAAUUUGUCCUGAUCUCACAGGUGAAAGACGUUUAAAUUGAUGCUUAACCAGCUGUGUUGUAUUCUCCUCAACAAACAUGCUUUACUGCUACACCAUACCUUGUGUGUCUGUUGUCGACAGACACACACACUGUCACGUUAUUAAACUACCUAGAAUGCUUGGUAUGGCUAGAUUUGGAAGUGAGGAAGUAUUGACUGACAUGGUCAUAACUUGACAAAGUACCACAGAUUAACACCAUUGAUUUCCUCAGUAGCUCCACUGUAUUAUUUUGUAGAGAGAGUAGUCAUUUUGGAACACAGCCUAACUGACAGAGGAAGGAGGCAUGACUUACGCACAGAAACCCCUGCUUGAUUUACACGUUCACAGUCAAUCAGCCUUUGGCGAUCGUUAAUGGAAACCAUGGAAACAGUGGCUACCACCAUGGCAACCAAUCUUGUUUCUCUCUCAGUAGUUUGUUAUUUUAUGACAGAGGUUAUUCAGUAUUGUUUGAUGUUUAGGUCAUUGUACGUGUUGCUGUAGCCUAUAGGGCUGGCAGCAGAGAGAAGCCUCGUUAGGAUACUGGAAUCGGAAUAAGAGACAGCCUGCCUACAGCUACAAAGGGAACAUUUGCUAGCUACACUCUCCAGCUCUGCUCUGGCUCUGUGUGUGUGGGUCUCUGCCAUAAAGAGAGCGUUCAACACGGACGCAGCUGUCAGACUGUUUCUGCCAUAGUGCUAAACAUGGAACAACCUUUCACUCUUGAACAUGUUUGACAGUGAAGACAGAUACUGGACAGAGAUAGACUGCUUACAUCAAAUAUAUCUCAUCUCUCCAUCCACUAUGUAUAUAAAAGGGUUGAUUCUUCUCUUCUGCAGUGAAACUUGUUCUUCUACUCUGCCCCAAUCUGCCUCUCUGCCUGACUCUGUGUGAUGCUUCUGUUCUUCAUCUUCUCUAGUUCUUCCUCUCUUCCCUAGUUCUUCUUCUUCUCCUUUAGUUAUUCUCCUUUAGUUCUUCUUCUCUUCUCCUUUAGUUCUUCCCCUCUUCUCCUUUAGUUAUUCU